AUGGUAACCGAUUUCAUCAAACUACACGGUAACGCAAUAACCUGCUCGUUUACUCUGCUCUUCUCUUCUCCUUCAACUAUGGCACUUCAUAACUACAUCUACUUCAAGCAUACAGACAGAGAAGUGGCCAAAAUAGCGCGGCCUGAAGACCCUCGUCCGUAUCCGUUAGGUAGCAGCGAGCGGGGUGACCAAAAUGAAGGUGAUCGUACGGGCGAGAUCGGCCGGAGAAAUGAUGAUUCUCGCGGUACCCAUGUCUCCCGUGGCUCUCGUGGCCCUGGUAGCUCUGGUAGCUCUCACUCCCAUGGCUCUCGUUUCUAUGGCUCUCAUGACUCCCAUGAUAACCGGGGAAUCUACCAACUCCCCUUAUCUUCGUCCUCUUCGUCCUCUUCCUCCUCUAUACCCGGUAAAGAUUCCGAGGAAACAGAUCGUUCCACCACCUCCAGGGAGCCUGGUGAAAUGGCCCAGUCCGCUCUCCCUAGAAUGGUCAAUGCCCUGGGAAUCCCCUAUGAUCACAAUAGAGAAUGCCAGCAUGCCAACAGCAGAGCUCAGAUCGCUACCACUUCUUCAGGAGAGAGAUGGAUCGUACGUGAUGGAAGACGUAGAAAAUUAAAGAGUCGUUUUGCAAAGCACUCAGCUCAGGUCAAGGCACAGACAGAGGCUUAA